AUGGCACCUCAUGCCCCCUCUCCUGCUGCCCAAUUGGGGACCGCUUCGCCAACACCUACACAAGCACACUCCGACAUUACCGUCCUAGCGUCCUCUCGAGCAGUGAUCAAAGGCCGCCUUACAGCCGCAACGAUUGUCAUGUCAACCGCGACAGGCAAGAUCCAGUCGAUCUGGGAGUCAGUGUUGCCCGCCUCGUCGUUCCCCGCUGGAACCNCCUAUGUCGACCACUCGCCGCAAAUCUUGAUGCCAGGAUUGGUAGAUGCACACGUGCAUUUGAAUGAGCCUGGAAGAACAGAAUGGGAGGGCUUUUGGACAGGCACACGGGCAGCUGCGUUUGGUGGUGUAACGACGGUGGUCGAUAUGCCUCUCAAUGCUAUCCCUCCUACAACAACGGUUGCAGGAUUCAAAGAGAAGAUUGAGGCUGCACAGGGCAAGUGCUGGGUUGAUGUUGGCUUCUAUGGCGGCAUCGUGCCUGGCAAUGUUGAAGAAUUGAAGCCAUUGGUGAAGAUGGGUGUUCGAGGCUUCAAGGGUUUCCUCAUCGACAGCGGUGUCGAAGAGUUCCCCGCCGUGUCUUCCGAGGACAUCUCGAAAGUUUUCCGCGAGCUUGGUGACGAGCCCACGACAGUCAUGUUCCACGCAGAAAUGAUUCCUCCGGUCACAAAAUCUGUCGGCGACGACCUGUCGAGGNCCAUCCCUAUGUUGCGUGAAGCACGCGCCAAGGGUGUCAACAUUACCGCAGAAACAUGCUUCCACUACCUCUCGCUAGCAGCAGAAGCCAUCAAGAACGGAGACACAAGACACAAAUGCUGCCCGCCCAUUCGCAGCCAGAGUAACCAAGACGGUCUCUGGCACGAGAUGUGCAGACCCGACGACAGCGUCAUCAAAACCGUAGUCUCUGACCAUUCUCCCUGCACGCCAAACCUCAAACUGCUGCCUGCAAACGUGCCGGGCGCCAUUGAGACCACCAGCAAAGACGGCGAAGGCGAUUUCUUCUCCGCCUGGGGCGGUAUCAGCAGCGUAGGCCUGGGCAUCAGUGUUCUGUGGACCGAAGCCGCAGCCCGCAACAUCACCAUCGAAGACGUGGUGCGUUGGUGCUGUCUCAACACUGCCAAGCAAGUUGGUCUCGAGCACCAAAAGGGAGAUCUUGCUGUUGGUCUUGAUGGCGACGUUGCAGUCUUUGACGACGAGGCUGAGUUUAUUGUUCAGCCGAAUACUAUGCUUUUCCGCAACAAGUGCAGUCCUUAUCAGGACAAGACACUCAAGGGUGUUGUCAAGGAGACUUGGCUUCGUGGCCGCAAGAUCCACACUCGCGAUCAAGGAUUUGUCGAGAAAACUGGUCCUGCUGGGCAGCUUCUGCUUGAGCCCAGAGUCAAGGCUUGA